UUCAUAUUUGCUAUAGUAAAUGCUGGAAAUCUAGCCUUAGACCAUAUAGUACAUUGACUGCGUAUUGCCCUAUCUUUCCAUUGUUCAGUUAUUGCCAAGUUAGGAGAAAGAGACAGAGAUAGUUUGAUCAUAUGUGUGACAAGAAAGUUAACCCUUCGAGGGACCAACGUAGCCAAUCGCAUACUGUCCUUAGGCUUUGUCCCUGAAUUCGGCAAUAGCCCCCUACCACUAACGCAGUCCAAAGUCCAGACAUUCUCUUGAACACAAUAUCAUUAUAUAUAUGAAAUAAAUAAAAUUGUAUUGUUUCAAUCAAGUUGAUCUUAUAAUUCGUUUCAAGAUGUCUACAGAUUACAGCGACAGAUAUGUAUUUGAAGCUGAAUGGUACGACAACGUUGCUUGCAUACUGAAAAAAUUUUAUCUAUAUUAUUAUCCGUCUAACAAUACUAUCGAAUUGUUUGAUUUAAAAACGAGAAAAAUCUUCCUAAAAAGGACAAUAUGUGAAGGCAUUAAAGUUAAAGAUUUUUAUAUUGGUGCUGUAAUAACAAUAUUUUCAAGAUGUAUAAAAAUUAUGGGUUAUGCAGAUAAUUAUACUAAAAUCAAAUUAGAAACACAACUGCAAAAAUUUUUUAUACUUUUGAAACCAGAUAUUAUUAAUAAAAUGGGUGAAGUAAUAAAAGAUAUUACAAAUCAUGAUUUUCAAAUUACAAAUAUAAAAAUGAUGCUGUUGACUGCAAUUGAAGUUACAGAUUGUAAUUUUAUAAAAGAUGCAACUGAUAAGAUGUCUAUGAUAAAAUAUCUUACCUCUGGCCCUGUUGUUGGUUUGGAGCUAUUAGGGGAAAAUGGUAUAAUGAGAUGGCAAGAAUUAGCAGACCCAGAAAAUUGUAAACAAGCUUAUUCAACAACGACAUCUUUAUCAAGAAUUUGUGGAAAAAAUGAAUUAUAUAACUCUGUGUAUGGAUCUAAGAACAUUGAAAUGGCAAUACAAGAGUUAGGAUAUUUCUUUCCCAAUUUAAAAAAUAAAAAUAAAGGACCAAAAACUUCUGCAGUUCUUCAAAAUUGUACCUGUUGUAUUAUCAAGCCACAUGCUGUACAAGCAAAGCUUCUUGGUCCCAUUAUUGAUGAUAUUCAAAAAGCAGGCUAUAUCAUUACUGCAGUACAACAAUUUCGUAUUAAUUUAAUUAAUUCUGAAGAAUUUCUAGAAAUUUAUAAAGGCGUGCUUUCUGAGUAUACUGCAAUGGUAGUUGAAUUACAGUCUGGUCCAUGUAUUGUUAUCGAAGUAAGUCAUAAGAAUGAGGAUUUCAACAUUGUUGCUGAUUUUAGGAAUUUCUGUGGUCCAAUCGAUCCGGACAUUGCGCGACAAAUCAAACCGAAUACACUUAGAGCCAAGUAUGGGAAAACAAAAGUACAAAACGCUGUACAUUGUUCUGACUUGCCGGAAGAUGGUGUAUUGGAGGUCUCGCAUUGGAGUAUACACAAGGCGGUGAUGUCAAAACAAAAAUGAUCGAUUUGUUAGAUUUAUGUGCUGGAACGGACAUAAGAGCAUUAGCGGAGAGUAUAAAAGCGGCUGAACCUGUAAUAACCGAAAGUGUAAU